AGGGAUGUCUUCCUGGAUUAGGAUCCUGUCCGGCCCCGGGGAUGGUGCUGGACUGGAGAGGUACCAGUUAAGAGUUUUUCUCUCUCUCUCUCUCUCUCCACCAAAUCCAUGUGCUCCUGUAUGUCAUUGAGCAAAUGUGGGCACAGCUUCCCGUAAUAUCAGGGCAGGAGCUGAUCACAAUUAUGAAACUGAAGCAAUAUCUGCCUAUUCUGGUCUAGUAGUUAACUGUGUAAUCGACAACCAGUUAGGAAUUAUUAGGCUAUUAGUUCUAUAUCUUCCUCAAUGCUACACUUUUUCUUCUGGUAUCAGGAAGGAAUUAAUUUAAAUAUUCACUAUUGUUUUCGGCAGGAAAGAGCAUCAGAAGAUUCAGAACUGAUGCUGUUGCAAAAUUAUUUGCUUUCUAAGCUGUUCCUUUCUUUCUUGGUCGAAACAAGAUGAAGAGGAGCAAAACAGGAUGGAUGGAUUUUCUUUUCUUCAGUCAUAGUCGGCAGUAGGCAUCUUAAAAUGUUCUUCAUUUCAUGUUUACAACAUAAAUUUAGAUUGGAGUGAUUUAUUUGAAUUUUAUUGAUUUUUCUGAAGUGAUUUGACCCUUGCAAUUGUGAGAGACAAGAUAUGGAACCAUUCAAAGUUCGAAGGGUUUUUGAGACUUGAGGAACCCUUCUUUUUAAAGAUCAAAUUUGGGGCUUUUUAGAAUUGAGAAAACCUGCUGUUUAGAGUUCUUUUGGGGUGGCAUACUGGAAAUUGUAAGGCAAUCUCACAAGCAGGCUUUUACUUUGUGGCAGGGGUGGGGGGGAGGAGAUUGGUGGGAGUCCUUUAUUAUUUCUGCUUCCACUGGAAAGGAAGAAGAAUCAAAGAACUCCUAGAACUCUUAGUGGGCUUUCCAACCUUCUUUUUUUUUUUUAAGUCAACAAAUAAAUUUGUUAUCUUUUGUAGAAAAUCUAAAGCCAAUGAGUAUGACUGCAACCUCAAAGACCAUUGUUUGGUUUAGGAGGGAUCUCAGGAUUGAUGACAAUCCUGUGUUAGCUGCAGCUGCAAGGGAUGGGUGUGUCCUUCCUAUUUAUAUAUGGUGCCCUACAGAAGAAGGCAGAUUCUAUCCUGGCCAACGUUCUAGGUGGUGGCUGAAGAAGUCUCUUAUCCACUUGGAUCGGUCCUUGAGGUCUCUUGGGGCUGCACUUGUGUUAAUCGAAACUGAAAAUACUCUUGCUGCUCUGCACUGUGUCCAUGUCACAGGGGCAACAAAAAUAGUAUACAACCAUCUUUACGAUCCUAUUUCACUUCCCCAAGAUCUUAAUAUAAAACAAAAGCUAAUGGAAAUGGGAAUCAGUAUGCAAAGCUUUGAUGGAGAUUUGUUGCACAAACCAUGGGAAGUUCGUGAUGAAGCAGGACUGGCUUAUACAACAUUUGAUGCAUAUUGGGAUAAAUGCUUAGGCAUGCCAAUUGAGAUUAGUAUGCUUCUUCCUCCACAGCAAUUGCUUCCAGCCACAGGAAUAACUAUAAGGUGUUCAAUUGAAGAGUUGGGUCUUGAGGAUGAAUCAGAAAGAUCUAGCAAUAUUUAUCUAGAAAAAUCAUGGUCCCCUGGUUGGAGCAACGCAGAUAAGAUACUGACCCAAUUUGUGGAAAACAACUUGGUCAACUAUUCAAGGAAUAGGAUGGAGGUGGGGGGAAGCUCCACUUCUCUACUAUCACCUCACCUGCAUUUUGGAGAAUUGAGUGUGAGAAAGGUCUUCUAUCAUGUUCGGUUGAAGCAGAUACAAUGGGCAAUGAAUGGGAACUUUGAAGGGGAACUGAGUGCAAAUCAAUUCCUCAGGGCCAUUGGAUUUAGAGAAUACUCUCGUUACCUUUGCUUCAACUUCCCAGUUACUCAUGAGAGACCAGUACUAGAAAGAUUGGAAUAUUUUCCAUGGCAUGCUGACCUAGAUCAUUUUAGGGCUUGGAAACAGGGACAGACUGUACCUUUGGUGGAUGCUGGAAUGAGAGAGCUUUGGGCCACAGGGUGGGUGCAUAACAAGAUUAGAGUGAUUGUUUCAAGUUUUUUAGUGAAGGUCCUACUGCUUCCAUGGACUUGGGGGUUGAAUUACUUCUGGGAGACAUUCUUGGAUGCUGAUCUAGAAAGUGAUAUCCUCGGUUGGCAGUAUAUCUCUGGGUGCUUACCUGAUGGUCAUCAACUCAACCAUCUAGACAGCCCUGAGGUUCAAGGCAAAAAAUACGAUCCAGAGGGUGAUUAUGUAAGACACUGGCUUCCGCAGUUGGCACUAACACCAACCGAAUGGAUUCAUUGUCCUUGGAAUGCUCCCUUACCCGUGCUUAGAGCGGCAGGGGUGGAGUUGGGAGUAAACUACCCAAAGCCUGUCAUUGACAUAGAAAUGGCGAGACUAAACCUAAAUAUGGUAGUAUCUGUGGCGUUAGAAUCAGAAGCAGCUUCAAGAGAUGCAAAUGCAAAGAAGAUGGAGCAAUUUCUCUAACAAUAAUGAGAAUUUAGCAAAUGGAGGGAUUGUCUCGCAAUGAAAGUGUCUCCAACCAAUUUCAAUGCAAUGUUGAGCAAAAAGCUGUGGAAAUGACAAAUGAUGAGUCGUCGAGCUCCACAGAUGGAUCUUCUGUAAUCUCUAAACAGUAUUGCAUUGUGAAUCGAUUUUUUUUGCUUUAGUUAAUUUUCCAGUUUUGAAGAAGAAAAUAAUAUUCCACACUUUAUAAACGUUCCUACCCAAGGAAACAAUUCUCUGAUCCACUCAUCCUCCCUAUCACCAAUAUGAAAACCUCACUUCCUACUGAACCUCCAGAUUUGACAUAACCCAGACAAGAACAGAAUGCAAUCUUGGCUUGCCAUGUCUAGAUUCUUCAAGUGUUUUUUUUUCAUGGUAAAUUGACUUGAGCAGAAUUUUUUUUUUCCUUGGGUUAUAGUUUCAGACUCUCAGGAUUCUUACAGGACUGGAACUUGAGAUGUAAAAAAUUGUUGAAAUUUUCAGAAUUGAAACCUUUUGAACCAGCAGUGCAUGUGCACCAGGGUUGUAAUUGUACAAGCAUGAGCUGCACUGACAUUCAACAUUGCAAGCCCUAUUAUGGCACAUAGCUACAGAGAUAUAUGUAGUCCUAUUUAUUUGAGGACAUGCUCAGUCUUAUCUGUGGAUGAGGCUCCACAAGCUCUCCUAUAAAACUGCACAGAUAUGUGUUAUGAGCAAAAGUAUGUUAUUUGCUUUUUCCUUC